AUGUCAACUUCAUCUGAAGAACCAGGUGUAUCCGAAUCAACCUCACCCCCUCCUCGACCAUUACCUCCAAAGAUACCGCCACCACCUUGUGAUGAUCCUCCACCGUAUACGUAUGUUUUCGUCCUUCAUGUUCAGCUUUUAGAAGUUUUCUUUAUAAACUUUGAUAUGUCCGUUAUAAUUGGUUAAAUAUAUUGUCAAAGUUUCCAAGGUAUCUGAGGCUGGCUCCAAGGCGGCUUCGGCUCCGAAGCAGCUACGGCUCUGAAACUAAAGAUUACAUUUUGAAAAAAAGCCGAAGUUGAAGCCAGGCAAUGUUGAACUUAAACAUUAAAGACCCCCAGAACCGAAAAGUCUUGGAUUUCGAGGCAACAUUGGAGCUGAAGCCGGAGCUUAAACUUUGAAUAUUGCUGGGGCUAAAUAAAGCCAGAGCAAAAAAUUUUAAAUUUAGGAACUACAUAUAGUAAUUGCAUUUCGCCAUAGUCAACAAGCAGUUUAAGCAAAGUUACAUCAUGCUGAAAAGUAAUGUGUCAUAAGUAGACAUUUAGAUUGAGUAUUUUUACUCUUUAACAUAAAUUAGUUUUCGUAAUAUUAUGUUAAUUUAGGUCCCAUCAUGUACAAACUUCAGCGUUAAUUCAAGACGGAACAGCAGCACCAACAGAAACCCGUCGUACUAAUAACAGAGCAAGACCCCCAGGUAAGAGACUUUUAUCUAUAUUUUACAUAUAUUAAGUUGUUCAAAUAAUUCUGUGCUCUCUAACAUUGAAAAUCAGUUUUAAGAAAGAGCACAGAACUAUUUGAACAACAUAGUAUUUAAAAGUGCUAAAAAGCGUUCCGUUACUUUUGGCCCAACCUAUAAUAAUAUCUUUAGGAAUACAUAGAUUCACGGCAUUAUUUACGAAAAGAACGUUGAUUAUAACGCUGAUUGCUUUGAUAGUCGUGCUGAUAGCUGGAGUGGUGUUAUUUAUAAUGAGUGAAUCAGCUGAAGGAUAUCAACAUGAGACAGAAGGUAUUGUGGGAACGUUACCUGUAACCGUGUCAUGGAAGUUGUUGGGAGAGUUCAAGGAACAUGGGUAGGUUGACUUUAUAUCUGCACCUACAUAAAUAUUUAUUUUAUUUAUUUAUUCGGCGUCAAAUAUAAGUAAUAAGCAAUAGAAUAAUAAAGUAAUAAAAGUAACAAUUGACGAGGUCUCUAUUGAGACAGAUUCCUAUAAAGUUUGCAAGUACGAAUUAAAAAGGAGUUUGCUUUAACCUUAGUCCUAGCAAAAGGUACAAUAAUUUUACGAGAAGCACCUCGAGUACUAGAUGUUUUGAACUUCGGAAUUAAAGAGUUGUUUACAAUAGUUUUACCGGAUAAUAUUCUAUUAAACAAUUUUAAAUCUAAAAUGUCAAAGCGGGAGACCAGACUACAAACUUAAAUUGCGCUAGACGCUCAGAAUAAGGUUUAGGCAUAAGGUUACAGCGAAAAAAGAUAGUUCUUGUUAUUAAUUUCUGUACAGCUUCUAAUUUGUUAAUAUAAAUAUUCAUAAUACUAUCAAAGUUUUAAUUAGCAAAGUACUGCAAUUGUAGUGCAAAGUACAGUAAUCUCAAUGCGAAGUACAGUAAUCAUAAUAAAAAAUUAUCGGUGCAGCAACCAACUAUAAUAUAAAAAGUAAAAAUUUUUAGCCAAAAGAUAUCAUUCGACGAGAACUCGGAUUCAAUUAUAUUAUCCAUGUAUCAUCCUGAAGAUCACGAACUGUCUUCAGAAACAUUGAGUGUGGAAAACUAUAUGGACGGAUACACGUAGGUUUUAACUUUGUUGAAAAAACCAUUUUGAAUUUUGCUGAUAGCUGGAAUGGUAUUAUAAGAAAAUCUAUUGUUCGUUACAUUAACACAUAACUAACAUUGAAACAGAAGUAAAUGUAAGACUUUUUAGAUACAUGAGCAGUAAUAUUACUGACGUUUACGAAGGCUGUCAGCGUUUUACUCCAGACAUCUUCUGUUGUUCAACAUCUAAACAUAGUCAUGGACAUAGAACUGAUUGUUGGAAUGGUGAACGAGGUCAGUUUAGUAACUCAACUCAGUUUGAUAAGUUAAUAUUAGGCGCCGACAUAAAGAAAUUACCAUAAAUUUUCUGUAAUUUCUUGUAAAGAAUGGCGGGUUCUUUAUGUCGGUCUCUAAUAUAAGUUUAGUAAAUUUAACUACAGUUGAAGUAAGAACAGUAUUCAAAAUAACUUAAAACGAUAUCCGUUGCAGACAAGACUGUGCACACUUCUGCGUCUCAUUAUGACUUCAGCUCAAACUGGCAGAGUUUGUACGACGAUCACAAAUUGGUACUUGUUUUCAUUAACAACAGACAUGCUUGGCUUGAUGUUACUACUGGAAAGUAAGUCGUUAUACGUCUUUCUGACAGUGUUAAAAAGUUUUCUCGACAUACGACGGUUUUUACAAUGUUAAAAUGUUUGUUAAAAUACGCUGAUUGCUACUUUUGUUUUCAGAAUCUACCGUAUCGAAGAGAACCGAAUGCCAAGAGAUUUUGCGUCAGCCGGCUUCUUCUUCAACAUGGAUAAUAUUCAAGAAAUGAGUGAAUUAGGUCAGCUUAGAGAAAUUAUUGUAAAUAUUUUUAAUUUUUUAUAAUUUUAUUUGUCAUAUCGUAACAAUAACAUGUAUAUUAGGGCUUAAAUUUUUAUAUUUUCAGUACGAAGUGGACAGGAAUUUAGAAUCUGUGAAUACGAGCGCGCUCCUACUGGUGAUUACAUUUUGAAGUCGACUAAUUGUAAGAAAACUAAGUAAGUAUAAAAUGCAAAACUUCAAAAAAUUUUUUAAAUUUUAAAAAUCCGACAGAAAAAAUGACCUUCUAUGAACUUUUCGACCGGAAAUUAAAAAAAAAAGUUAUUUGUAAAUAACAUGCCAAUUUCAGAUUCACAGUAGACUUUGAUCUACGCAAAGUCAAAUUCUGUACGAAUCCUAUUUACACCGCAGUAAUUCAAUAUGGUCAUAUGGGAGAGGACCAUGACUUAACUUGGCGUUUGAGAUUGAACUUUGACAAUUCAAAAGACAUAUAUGGUACUCAAGAGGUACUCGAAACAGCUUAUGAACAAUUGACCAUUGACUGUAAUGACGACACUAUCGAAGUGUAUGUUGUGGGAAAAUACGAAGUUAAUCAGUAUACGAUAACGUUACCUGAUCCUAGUUUUUGGGGAGAACCAACGGUUACAGAGUCGGCUUCGAUAAAAUUACUUUUUUUGCGAUAA